AAAAAUGUAUCACUCUCAAGUUCAACAACUACAACAUAGCCACCACGUCGUAAUCUAACUUUCAAUCGAUCCAACUUUCAACCUUUGAACUUUGAACUUAUCAACUUCCGAGAACAAACGAACGAUCAAAUCGAACGUCAUUCUAGACCAUCUGUUCUAGAUAUCAGUUGUACUCAACUUUGGUACUCCGCGUAUUCGUAUUUCGAAGAUGUCAUUAACACCUGAGCCUCGAUCUAGUCAUUCGGAUCAAUUAACAUUCAAUCCUUCAGAUGAACCAUCACCUCUUUCUGCCACAUCAAAUCAUGGAACUCUUCGAUCCGCAUUAAAACCUUCAUCAUAUUUACCAGACCCAUCACAAUCAAGACCAAGUUUACCUACAAGUGAUGUACCAAGCAAGGAACUUUCGAAACUCAACUUACUUGAACCUUCACCCAUCACACCUAUCAUCCCAAGACCCAAGUUAAACAGAGCUCAUUCAAGUACCGAAGAUUUACCACCAGGAUAUCAACGUCGAGUAGGAUUUUCAACUCUUGAUACGGAAGAACCUACUAAAGGAGGUGGAACUGGUGCAGAAUAUAGUUUUACUUUACAAGCUAAAAGUUCAAAGUAUUGUCCUGGUCGUGAUUCUCGUUGUUUUUUAGUCGCUACGGAUGGUGAAGAAUAUUCAAUACAAGCUUUAGAUUGGUUAAUGGGUUCAUUGGUUGAGAAUGGAGAUGAAGUGGUUGUACUACGAGUCAUCGAACCUGGUAGUUCAGCCCAUAGACAAUUCAUGGCUGAGAAUGAAGAAACCACUAAAUCAGAAGCUCAAGAUGUUUUGUUUCAUGUCUUGACCAAGAAUGAUAGACAAAUCAAUGUGACUGUAGAAUUUGUGAUCGGGCCACCUAUCAAGACCAUUCAACGAAUGCUUGAAGUUUAUAAGCCAGACUCUUUAGUGGUCGGAACACGUGGUCGCUCAACAUCAGCGUGGCAAAAGGCUUUUUCACUCGGUUCUACCAGUCAAUAUCUUGUAGCUAGAUCUCCAGUGCCCGUGAUCGUAGUAAGACCACAACGUAAAGUAGAAAAAUCAAAAGAAGCCAGAGCAAAAGAUCCUAAAAGAAGAUCAUAUCAAGCUUUAUUUAAUCCAUCUUCUAAACCGAUUAGUGAAAGAUUACCUACAAAUUAUGAAAGUCAACAAAAUUCAGAUGCAGAACAAGAACAAGAAGAAGGAGAAGGAACACUUGAAUUAAGAAGAGAAAAAACUAAUCCAUUUUAAAUUUGAUUGAUUCUUUAUUUUUUGAUUUUUGGUUAUGUUUGAUUUUUGGUUAUGUUUGAUUUUUGGUUAUGUUUGAUUUGGGUUUUUCUGUNNNAUCUGGGGGUCAAUGAAUAAGACCUGGAAGCAAACUUUUUAUAUCUCCCUG